UAAUGAAGGACAUCUCAAGAAGAAUCUUUGAAAAAGAAAAUUAUGCAGAAGUCUCAAAUAAUCCUAGACAAUUAAACAAAUCACUGACUUAAUUGGUAUCAUUGACAAUGAUAAACAAUACUCGAAGUAUUAAAUAAAAUAUUAAAUUCCUUAGAAACCGAAUUUAAAGGCAUUGAUAUAAAGAAUAAUUAUGUAUCUAUCUCACAAAGACCACUUGUAUUUUGUAAACCUGAAUAGAGAGUAAAAACAACAAAAACUCUACCAUCACCAUAAAAAUAAUCAUAAGAAAGGAGUAAUGAAAGUUAAUCAAAAGAAUUAUGUAAUUUAAUUGUGAAUUACUCUGAACCGAUUUUAGAUUAUUAUAUUGAAUUGAAUGUAUGCUAUUAAAAUGUAUUUUAAGACUUAAACACCUAAAAAUAGUUUAUAAAACCAUUCAAUAAAUGUUAGUUUGAGAGCCAAAAUGAUAGAUUGGAUAAUUGAAGUUCUUUCAUCAUAUAAAUGCAAAGAUCAAACAUUUUAUUUAUCAGUAAGAUUAAUGGAUUUAUAUUUAUCAAAAACAACUCAGAAACAUAUGCCAUAAGACUUACAUUUAGUUGGAGUUACAUCAAUGUUUAUGGCAUGUAAAUAUGAGGAAAUUUAUCCUGUAAAAUUGCAAAUUGUUCAUGAAAAAAUAGCACACAAAAAGUUAAGUAAGGAAGAAAUUAAGGACAAAGAAACUAAUAUUUUAUAAGUUCUUGAUUUCAAUUUAAAUGGGACUACAAUAUUAGAUAUAAUAACAAUGGUCUUAUCAAUUCUAAAUCUUCAUUAAUAGUUAUAUGAAGCAGCUAAUUUUUUAUCAAAACUAGUAUAUAUUUAUAAUUUAUAUAUAAAUAGACUUUAUUUGAUUAUGAAUUUACUAACCAAUAUUCAUAUGUGUAGUUAGCAUGUGCAGCCUUAAUUGUUAGUACUAAAACUAUAGAAUAGAUUGAUUAAAGUUUAUCAUCUGAGGUGACAAUUCCACUUAUUAUAUCUACAUUAAAAUUAGAUUAUAAAGAUUCCAUCACAUGUGCUAAUCGAUUACUAGAACUGGCUAAGGGAUUUGAGAAAUAGUUUCCUAAUUUAGAAAAUCUAAAGAAAUUUAGUAAGUUUCGAAUUUCAGACAUCUUAAAAACAUAAUGUUGA